AUGGAUAAAAACUUGUUCGGAGGAGUCCCCCGGUUUCUCACCCGCCCAAAGGCGUUCUCAGUGUGUGCAGGCAAGGAUGCCACCCUGAGCUGCACCAUCGUGGGCAGCCCCACCCCACUGAUCACCUGGGAGAAGGAAAAGCUGAAGCUGACAUCUGGGGGACGCUUUAAAACCGUGGAGGAUGGAGAUGUGUACCGCCUCACCAUCUAUGACCUAACACUGGAGGACAGUGGCCAAUUCAUGUGCCGGGCCAAAAACAGUGUUGGGGAAGCUUAUGCCGCCGUGACCCUCAAAGUGGCCCUGCCAGCGGAGAUGGCUCAGAGAGCCCCUGCUUUCAUGGUUAAGCCUAUCUCUUCACGUGUAGGUUUGGGAGACGAUGUUGUUUUCUACUGCCGGGUUGUAGCUUACCCUGAGGCCAACUUUGAUUGGGAGAAAGAUGGGCGCUACUUGGGGGAGACUAACCGUAUCAAGAUCGUUUCCGACAGCGACAGCAGCACCUUAAAGAUUCAAAGUGUGCGUAACCUGGAUAGCGGCACCUUCACCUGCAGGGCCCAGAACACGGUCGGUCGUUCCCACGCUGCGGCGGCUCUUGUCGUAGAUGCCCAGGAUUCCCGCCACCUGGCUGCAGACAAAAGCACCUCCCUCCUUUCUCACCUGCAAAAGCGCAAAGAAGGAAUGAAUCAGGACAUCUCUCUCUAUCGCACCGAAGAAAGCAGAUCCUCUGUUUCUUCCUCCUCCAAGGCCAACAUCACAGAUAGUUUGAGUUCUCUGAAUCUGGAAUAUGAGCUGAGGGCAUCUGCGCUGGCAAAGCUGCCCAAAGGUGUGUUCACCCGUACCUGCACAGUGACUGAAGGCAAGCAUGCCAAACUCAGCUGCUUUGUGACGGGUCACCCCAAACCCCACAUCAUCUGGAGGAAGGAUGGGUCAAACAUCAGCGAGGGCCGCAGGCAUGUCAUUUAUGAGGACCAAGCUGAGAACUUCAUCCUCAAGAUCCUGUACUGCAAGCAGACUGAUAACGGUCUCUACACCUGCAAUGCAACCAAUAUGGCUGGCCAGACCUACAGUGCUGUUUUGGUAACAGUCAAAGAGCCUAAGGUGCCAUUCAGAAGGAAGCUUCAGGAUGUGGAGGUUCAAGAGAAAACCUCAGCCACACUGAUGUGUGAGGUGCCUGUUACUGCCACCCAGGCCAACUGGUUCAUGGAGGAAACACGGCUGCAGCAAAGUACCAAAUAUUACAUCGAGCAGGAAGGCACCCUUCGACGUCUCACCAUACACAAUGUCACCACCAACGAUGACGGUGUUUAUAUCUGCGAGAUGAAAGAGGGCAGUCGCACUGUGGCUGAGCUCACUGUCCUGGGCAACAUUACAAAGAAACUUCCCCGGAGAACAGUAGUCCCUGUCAGUGACACUGUCAUCUUCUGUGUGGAGCUGGAGCAUCCCUUCCCAGAUGCUUACUGGACCCGCAAUGGCGAGAAAUUGAGGGAAGAUUCCCGCAUAUCCAUUGGCUGCGUGCUCAGACAAUACACACUCACAAUUAGAGAUUGCCAGGCCGAUGACUCAGGAGAGGUGGCCUUUGUGGCUGGAGACUGCAAGACCUCCACUCGAUUCUCCGUCACUGCUGCAAGGAAGCAUCCUCCCGAUCCCCCAGUCAAUGCUGUGGUGCAGAACAAGACGAACUCAUCCCUCACCAUUCAGUGGUCUCCUCCAGACAGCGACCGCCCUGUACCCAUCAAGUGCUAUGUUGUGGAGAAGAGGAAGAUUGGCACUCAGAUGUGGCAGAGGUGCAAUGCUGGUGAAACCAUUGUUUCAACAGAGAUCACCGUCUGCAACUUCACAGAAGAAGCCACCUACCAGUUCCGUAUCUCUGCCAUGAAUGACUUUGGCCAAAGUCCCUACCUGGAGGUCCCUGGAAGCUUCUACAUAGAACCCAGUGCUGAAAUCAAGAAAGGCCUGGUGAACAGCGUUGCAUUCUCUGGUAAGGAGUUCUCCAUCUCCGUGGAGCUGUCUGCUGUUUGUUCUGGCUUCUGGUCUCUAAAUGGCCGCCUCCUGCGCAGUGGAGCAGACUACCUCAUCACCAGGUCCAAGAACACACAUACUCUGCUCAUCCGUGUCGUGACCAUGGAAAUGAACGGAACUGAGGUCAAGUUUGUGGGUGGAGGCUCGCAAAGCAGUUGCAUCCUAUCUGUGAAGGCUCCUUCUGUUAGGUUCACCAACAAGUCAGACGUGCUGGAGGUGGUAUUCAGCAGUGCCCAAGCCACUGCUCAGCUGACUGCUGAGGUGUCGGAUUACGAUGCACAGGUGGUUUGGAUGAGGAAUGGGCGGGAGGUGAAAUUGGGAAAGAAGUAUGAAUAUAUGAUCAUCGACCGCAAGAGGAUCCUUAUAGUACACAAUGUUACUGAGGAGGAUGUUGGCAUCUACGAGUGUGUUCUAGCUGACGACAGACUGCCGAUGCAACUUGCUCUUAAAGAUGAACCUGCCAAGUUCCUGAACAAAGCCAGAGGUACUGUGGGAAUGUCAUCGUCCCUUAAAGGAGAUCUCGAGCUGAGCUGUGAGGUAUCUCCUGCCAGCGCGACCGUUGUGUGGAAAAAAGAUCAAGUCGUGAUCACUGAUCACCAAAGAACUACCUUCAUCUCCCAAGGGACUCAAAGGAAACUCAUCAUCAAGAACGCCAAGAAAAUCGACGAAGGACAUUACUCCUGUGAGACAGCAGCAGACAAAGUCACAUUCCAGGUCAAGAUAAAAGAAUCUCAAGCCGUAGCUGCCUUCUCCAACAAGGAGUCGGUCCAGAAGCAGGUGAAAGCUACUCUCUCCCAGAAGGCCACUCUGAGUUGUGAUGUUUCUGAUAGCAAGUCAGAAGUGAAAUGGUAUAAAGACGGCAAGUUGUUGAUAUCCAGUAGGACGAUAUACUCAGAAGUAAAAGGCAAUACUCGUCAGCUGGUGAUUGAAAAGGUGGAGAAGAGCGAUGCUGGAGAGUAUUCAUGUGAAGCCGGAGGGGAUAAGCUCGUCUUCAAGAUAACUGUGUCAGAGAUUCAGUCAGCUUUCUCCAACAAGGAGUCAGUCCAGAAGGAGGUUAAAGCCACUCUAUCCCAGAAAGCCACUCUGAGCUGUGAGGUAGCUGAUACCAAGAGCGAGGUGAAAUGGUACAAGGAUGGCAAGAUGCUGACUUCCAGUAAGACAGUCCAUACUGAGUCGAGAGGCAAGAGUCGCCAGCUGGUGAUCGAUAGCGUGGAGAAGAAGGACGCUGGAGAGUACAUCUGUGAGGCUGGGACUGAGAAGUUGGCUUUUAAGAUACAUGUGACAGAGGCCCAGUCAGCCUUCUCCAACAAGGAGUCAGUCCAGAAGGAGGUUAAAGCCACUCUAUCCCAGAAAGCCACUCUGAGCUGUGAGGUAGCUGAUACCAAGAGCGAGGUGAAAUGGUACAAGGAUGGCAAGAUGCUGACUUCCAGUAAGACAGUCCAUACUGAGUCGAGAGGCAAGAGUCGCCAGCUGGUGAUCGAUAGUGUCGAGAAGAAGGAUGCUGGAGAGUACAUCUGUGAGGCUGGGACUGAGAAGUUGGCUUUUAAGAUACAUGUGACAGAGGCCCAGUCAGCCUUCUCCAACAAGGAGUCGGUCCAGAAGGAGGUGAAAGCUACUCUCUCCCAGAAAGCCACUCUGAGCUGUGAUGUUUCGGAUUCCAAGACAGAGGUGAAAUGGUACAAGGAUGGCAAAGUGUUGACUUCCAGCAAGACAGUACACACAGAGUCAAAGGGUAAAAGUCGCCAGCUGGUGAUCGAUAGCGUGGAGAAGAAGGAUGCUGGAGAGUACAUCUGUGAGGCUGGGACUGAGAAGUUGGCUUUUAAGAUACAUGUGACAGAGAUCCAAUCCAAGUCAGCCUUCUCCAACAAGGAGUCAGUCCAGAAGGAGGUGAAAGCCACUCUCUCCCAGAAAGCCACUCUGAGCUGUGAGGUAGCUGAUACCAAGAGCGAGGUGAAAUGGUACAAGGAUGGCAAGCUGCUGACUUCCAGUAAGACAAUCCAUACUGAGUCGAGAGGCAAGAGUCGCCAGCUGGUGAUCGAUAGUGUCGAGAAGAAGGAUGCUGGAGAGUACAUCUGUGAGGCUGGGACUGAGAAGUUGGCUUUCAAGAUACAGGUGGCAGAAGCCCCAGCCGUUUUUUCCAACAAGGAGUCAGUCCAGAAGGAGGUUAAAGCUACUUUCUCACAGAAAGCCACCCUGAGCUGUGAGGUUUCUGAUUCCAAGACGGAGGUGAAAUGGUACAAGGAUGGCAAGAUGCUGACUUCCAGCAAAGCAGUCCACAUGGAGUCAAAGGGCAAGAGUCGUGAGCUGGUGAUAGAAAAAAUGGAUAAAAAAGAUGCUGGAGAAUACACAUGUGAGACAGGAACAGAAAAGCUGGUAUUUAAGCUGCAGAUGACAGAUGCAGCUGUUAAGUUCCAGAAGAAGCUUGUCAAGGACACAUGUAUUGUUCAAGCUAGUGAAAAAGUUGUUUUGACCACUGAGCUGACUGCAGAGAGUGGUAGUGUUAAGUGGUUUAGAGAUGGUGUGGAGCUCAAGGAGGGCAGCAAGUACGAAAUGAAAAAAGAGGCCCUGUCGCGUACCCUGAUAGUAAAAUCCUCAGAAUCCAAAGACAGUGGAACCUACUCCUGUCAAACUGCUGAUGACAAACUAGAGUUCAAAGUUCAAGUUAAAGAUACAGCUUUGAAGUUUGUUCUCCCUUUGAAACCUGCUACGGUGGAGUUGGGAGGUACACUCAGCCUGAUGUGUGAACUGAAUCAAGCCUCAGGGGAUGUUGUCUGGCAGCAUGAUGGUCGUGAAAUUAAACCCGGAGGCAGGCACUGUGUCAGGACAGAUGGUGCUAAGCGCGUUCUCACUGUGACUGGCCUGACUAAAGAGGAUGAAGGAGAAUACAGCUGUGAAUGUAGAAAUGACAAGACCUCUGCUAAAGUCACCUCAAAAGCACCCAGACUAGUGAGGCUGACCACCAAACUGAACAAUGUGGCUGCAAUGGAGGGAAAAGACGCCAUUUUCAAGUGCGCUGUCAACCCAGCGGACGCCAACGUUAAUUGGUUCCACAACAAUAUACCAGUAACUGCUGGGCCCAAGUAUAAGAUUGAGCGUGGUGGCAGCAGUCAUUCACUCACCAUCACCUCUGUCACCCAAAAAGAUGCUGGAGAGAUAAGCGUCGAUGCAGAAGGCAAAAGCUGCAAAGCUUCCCUACAAGUGCAGCAUGAACCUGUGACAAUUAAGAAAAAGCUAGAAAACGUGACAGUGGAGGAGCAGAGCGAAGUAAAGCUGGAGUUGGAGCUGAGUAAGGUGUCAGAUGAAGUGAGGUGGAUGAAGAACAGCGUAGUGCUGCAGCCUGGAGGAAACAUGGAGAUUCGGGUAGAUGGAGCUAAGCAGGCUCUGUUCUUCAAGAGUGUGACUUAUGCUGACCGGGGCAUCUACUCCUGUGAAACUCUGGAUGACAAAACCCAGGCCAAGCUCAAUGUGGAGAUGAGGAAGAUCCAGGUUAUAAAGGGACUAACAGAAACCAAGGCACAUGAGACAGAGACGGUAACUCUUGAGGUAGAACUCAGCCAGGCUGAUGUGGAAGGCUCCUGGACCAGGGAUGGGGCCAAGUUAAAGUUAGGGGCCAACUGCCGUAUUACAGCUCUGGGAAAGAAGCAUGCCUUAACGUUGUCGAAUCUCAAGAGGGAGGAUUCGGGAACUAUUGCCUUCCAAGCUGAGGGGGUACAUAGUUCUGGCAAACUGAUUAUCACAGAACCUCCUGCUAUGAUCUCCAAGCCCAUUAUGGAUAUCAGUGUUCCUGAGAAGGAGAAGGUUACUUUUGAAUGUGAAUUGUCCAGAACAAAUGCAGAUGUUAAAUGGUUCAAGGAUGACGUGGAACUGAAACCGGGUAAGAAUUUUGGCAUCCACUCCUUGGGCCGAAAGCGUUCUUUGGUCAUCAACAAAUGCACCCCUCAAGAUGCAGGCACUUACAUCUGUCGCACUACUGAUGACAACACCUCCGCCAAGCUCACUAUUCAUGCCAGAGAUAUUAAGAUUGUUAAGAAGCUGCUGGAUGUUGAAGUGAUGGAGAAGGAGAGUGCUUCAUUUGUCUGUGAAGUCUCACAUGAUGAAGUGGACUGCCAGUGGUACAAAGGAAGUAUCAAACUCAAAGUCAGUGACAACAUCAAGAUGAGACAAGAGGGCAGAACCUAUGUACUGCUGUUCAAGUCUGUCACCCCAGAAGAUAUGGGUGAGAUUAAAUUCACAGCUGACAAAGCCUCUUCAACUGCAAAACUUAAAGUGAAAGAGCUGCCUGUGAAGUUUGUGAAGAGACUCAGGGAUAAGAUAGCGAUGUAUAAGCAUCGUUGUCAUCUUGAGUGCCAAGUGUCACGUGCCAGCGCAAUGGUGAAGUGGUACAAGAACAAGAUGGAGAUCAAACAUGGCAAGAAAUACGAGAUCAAAAGUGAAGAUGUUUCCCGAAAACUCAUCAUCAACGAUGUGGACUCUGGGGACGAAGACACCUAUACCUGUGACGGCACUGAUGACAAGACGUCCUGUAAACUACUUGUGGAAGAGCAGUCCAUCAGCAUUGUGCGGGAGCUUAGUUCAGUAGAAGUGACAGAGCCCUUUGCUGCUGUUUUUGAAGUUGAAAUCAGUAUGGAACUGGUCAAACCUCCUAUAUGGACUCUGAACGGAGUUGCUGUGCAGGAGAGCGCUGAUGUUGAAAUGGAGAAAGAGGGCACUAUGCACCGUCUCACUUUCAAAAAGACCAAAGCAUCGAUGACCGGACCUGUGCAGUUUACAGCAGGGAAGAGCAAAUCUUUAGCUCAGCUCACAGUCAAAGAGCGUCCGCUUGAGAUUGCAGAGCCCAUCAAAGAUGUGAAGGCGCAGGAGAAGAGCUCUGCUAUACUCACCUGCAAAUUCUCUGCCUCACCCAAAGAGGUUAAGUGGUUCAAAGGUCAGGUACCUCUGGCAGCUUCAGACAAGUAUAACAUUAAGCAAGAUGCUACAAGGGCUCAACUUACCAUUCAGAGGUUGACUGAGGAAGACAGUGAAGAGUACCGCUGUCAGUCUGGACCUGCUGAGACCAAAGGGAAACUUACUGUUGAAGUGCGGGACAUUAAGAUCACCAAGCACUUGGCUGACACAGAGGUUGACGAAGACAGCGAUGCAGUGUUCACAUGUGAGAUUAACUAUGCCGAUGAAGAGGUGCAGUGGCUUCUGAAGGACAAGGUGCUCUUCACUAAUGAAGUCAACACCAUCACUCAUGACAGAAAGGUCCACAAGCUCACGCUGAAGAACUUGGCCCCUCAGGAUGGGGGGACUAUCACCUUUAAAGUCCGCAAGGUGAAAGAGUCCGUGACACUUAAGGUUAAAGAGAAGCGUGCUGUGUUCCUCAAGUCUCUAGAUGAUGUCAUUGGAGAGGAGAAAGGAAUGAUAACUCUAGCGUGCGAGGCGUCCAAGCCCAGGGUUUCUCCUACAUGGAGAAAAGAAGCUAAAGUCUUGAAGGCUGGGUCCAAGUAUGAGCUCCUUCACACUGGCAAGUCUUUGGGACUGAUCAUCAAGGACGUCACCAAAGAAGAUGCUGGAGAUUAUAGUUGUGACCUUGGAACUGAGGUUUCUAAAGCCAAGGUCACUGUAAGAGAGAUUGGCAUUGGAAUUACCAAAUGGCUGAAGUCAGCUGAGGUGAACGAGGGAGAGACAUGUAGCUUUGAGUGCAUCUUAUCUCGUGAGAGCACAGAUGAGUGUUCCUGGACUCUUAAUGGCCACACUGUCACAAAUGGAGGCCGCUUCAAUGUCACCAGUAAAGGACGCAAGUACAUGCUGACCGUUAAGGAUGUCAUUCCUGCUGAUGCUGGAGAGGUGGUCUUCAACAUCAAAGACCUGAGCUCCAAAACAACAUUAACAGUUGAAGGCAAAGCUUCAUCUGUGUCUAAAGGACUACAGCAUGUUAGUGCUGUUCAAGGUGAAGAUGCUGUAUUUACCUGUGAGGUAACUCAGUCUAGCUCCACUGUAAAGUGGGCCAAGGAAAGCAAAGCCAUCAAAAAGAGCCAGAAGUAUGACAUUAGCCAAGAGGAUAAGGUCAUGAAGCUGAUCAUCCAUAAUGUCUCUGCUCAAGACUCUGGAGAGUACAGUUGUGAAGUUGUUGGAGGGGCAACCACCAAAGCCAAGCUGGAAAUCAAGGAGCCAAUCCAUAAAUUCACUAAAGCGCUUAAGGACAGCCAAGCUGAGGAGAAGAGCUCCGUGACCUUGCAAUGUGAGACUGCACAGACCCCAUCCACUGUGAUAUGGCUUAAAGGUCACACAGAGCUCAAGGCUGGAGGGCGAUAUGAGAUGUCCCAGAAGGAGGGGGUCUUCACUCUCACCAUCAAACACCUGGAGGAGAAAGACACUGAUAUCUACACUUGUGACGUGGGCACUGCCAAGAGCAUGGCAAAGGUGACAGUCAAUGCCCUGCCGGCCUUUGAAGCAAAGCUCAAGAACCAGGAGAAAAAGGAAGGGGAGACUGUGACACUUUGCUGCAAGUUAUCAAAACCUGUGGAUCGCGUUCAGUGGAAAAAAGGCUCUGACAUUCUCAAAGCUGGAGAGAAGUAUGAGAUGAAGCUGGAGGAGACUUCCUGUGAGCUUCAGAUUAAGAGUUUAGAGGUUGAAGAUAGUGGAGAGUAUUCUUGCAUGUGCGGGGACCAGAAGACAUCUGCAACUGUUAAAGUCAAUGCCUUGCCGCCGACCUACAUUAAGAAGCUGGAGAGCCAGGAGGCUGAGGAGGGAGCAAGUGUCACCCUGCAUUGUGAGCUUUCUAAACCUGGAGUCCCAGUGGAGUGGAAGAAGGGAACACAGGUCCUGAAGUCUGGAGAAAAGUACCAGAUGAAGCAGAAGGCCUCUGUGAACGAACUCCUGAUCAACAAAGUGCUGCCAGAAGACAGUGGAGACUACAGCUGUGUGUGUGGAGACCAGAAGACCACAGCCAGCCUCAAGAUCAAGGCCCAACCAGUGACCUUCAAACAGAAGCUGGAGAGCCAGGAGGCUGAGGAGGGUGCGAGUGUUACCCUGCUCUGUGAGCUCUCUAAACCUGGAGUCCCAGUGGAGUGGAAGAAGGGAACACAGGUCCUGAAGACUGGAGAAAAGUACCAGAUGAAGCAGAAGGCCUCUGUGAACGAACUCCUGAUCAACAAAGUGGUGCCAGAAGACAGUGGAGACUACAGCUGUGUGUGUGGAGACCAGAAGACCACAGCCAGCCUCAAGAUCAAGGCCCAACCAGUGACCUUCAAACAGAAGCUGGAGAGUCAGGAGGCUGAGGAGGGGGGUGACAUUGUUCUGCUCUGUGAGCUCUCUAAACCUGGAGUCCCAGUGGAGUGGAAGAAGGGAACACAGGUCCUGAAGACUGGAGAAAAGUACCAGAUGAAGCAGAAGGCCUCUGUGAAUGAACUCCUGAUCAACAAAGUGGUGCCAGAAGACAGUGGAAACUACAGCUGUGUGUGUGGAGACCAGAAGACCACAGCCAGCCUCAAGAUCAAGGCCCAACCAGUGACCUUCAAACAGAAGCUGGAGAGUCAGGAGGCUGAGGAGGGUGCGAGUGUUACCCUGCUCUGUGAGCUCUCUAAACCUGGAGUCCCAGUGGAGUGGAAGAAGGGAACACAGGUCCUGAAGACUGGAGAAAAGUACCAGAUGAAGCAGAAGGCCUCUGUGAACGAACUUCUGAUCAACAAAGUGGUGCCAGAAGACAGUGGAGACUACAGCUGUGUGUGUGGAGACCAGAAGACCACAGCCAGCCUCAAGAUCAAGGCCCAACCAGUGACCUUCAAACAGAAGCUGGAGAGUCAGGAGGCUGAGGAGGGGGGUGACAUUGUUCUGCUCUGUGAGCUCUCUAAACCUGGAGUCCCAGUGGAGUGGAAGAAGGGAACACAGGUCCUGAAGUCUGGAGAAAAGUACCAGAUGAAGCAGAAGGCCUCUGUGAACGAACUCCUGAUCAACAAAGUGGUGCCAGAAGACAGUGGAGACUACAGCUGUGUGUGUGGAGACCAGAAGACCACAGCCAGCCUCAAGAUCAAGGUUCCUCCUUCAGCUACUAAACUGGAAUCCAAGAUGCAAACCAAAGAAAAAACGGAAGCCAAGGGCCCGGAAGCUUUGUCCAUAGCUGUUCAAGACAAGCCCAAGAGACAAGAGAUUAAUGAGACAGUAGAAGCUGUGACACUGCCAACUACUGGACAGACUCCUAAAGAGCAGCUCCUCAAACAGGAGAUCCAGAAAGAUUCACAAGAGCUCAAAGUUGGAGGUGAAGUUGAAAAGACUGCUGCUGGAAUAGCUACAAAACAAGAGACACAGAGGCAGGAGACCAAAGAGCCAAUAGGAGCCCAGCCUAUCCUUUUCAAAACCCAGCUGCAAAACCUUGAAAGACAGGAAGGGGGGAGCGCUAGUCUUCGCUGUGAGACCACAAAGCCGGGAGCCAGUGUUGUCUGGAGGUGUGGUGACAGGGUGCUGGCAUCCAGCAGCAAGUAUCACCUGAAACAGGAAGGAACCAUGGUCGAGCUUGUCAUCUAUAAACUGCAGGGAGCUGACUCGGGAGAAUAUUCCUGUGACACAGGCAACCAGAAGACUUCAGCUGUCCUCACUGUGCAGGAGGUCGAGGUUAAGAUACUGAAAUUCUUGGAGAGCUGCGUUGUUUACGAGGGAGAAGAUGUUCACUUUGAAUGUCGGGUUUCUCAUGAAGUCGCACCUCUGGCUCAGUGGAAACUCCAGGAUGUCCCGCUACAGAAUAAUGAAAUGAACGUGAUCAUGUCUGAUGGUCUGGUACACAGCCUCACACUCAGAGGCGUCACCACAGCUGACUCAGGAACAGUCACUUUCACAGUGGGUAACCACACUUCCACUGCUUCCCUGACAGUCAGAGCCGCACCUGUAUUAUUCAAGAAGGAGCUGGAAAGUCGAGAGGCCAUUGAAGGAGACAAGGCCACCCUGUCCUGUGAGACAUCCAGCUCUGACUGCAAGAUGAUCUGGCUGAAGGGCUCAACCCUGCUUACCCAUGGAGAGAAGUACAGUAUGGAGCAGAGAGCUACCACUCACAUCCUGGUCAUACACAAGCUGAAUCUGAAGGAUAGUGGAGAAUACACCUGCGAUGCAGGGGAAAGGAAAAGUACAGUUACCCUGACUGUAAAAGAGCAUGUGCGCAUCAUCCGAGAGCUCUGCGAUAUCACUGUGGCCACUGGGCAGGAUGCUGUCUUUGAGGUUGAGUUGUCACACUCAGGCGUGACGAAAGGGGAAUGGUGGCUUGGAGAUAACCUCCUCCAAAAUAAUGAUCUGAAUCAAAUGAGCAGCCAGGGCAAAGUGCAUCGUCUGGUCCUGAAGAUGGUGACCACGGAUGAAUCAGGGGAUGUUGCCUUUGUGGUGGGAGAAGAGAAGAGUGUGGCCUGUCUUCUGGUGGAGGAGAAACCUAAAGUGCUAAUACUAGAGGAGCCACACAACACCGUGGCAGUAGAGGGUGAAACUGUCACUCUGGCCUGCACCAUCUCUGACGAAAAGGCCACUGUCACCUGGAUCAGAAACAAUGUGGCAAUCCGAGCAGGUCUCAAGUAUGACCUGAGGAACAACGGAGCAUUCCACCAGCUUUGUAUCCACAACUUGGUGCCUGAGGACUCAGGAACGUACACUUGUGACACUGGAGAUGCACAGUGUGACGUCACCUUGACUGUGGAAGGUGCCCCAGUGUUCUUCCACAAAGAGCUCAAGAACCUGGAAGCCAUAGAGGGUGAUGAUGUUACCCUGCGCUGCGAGCUGUCUAAGCCAGGUGUUCGUGUUGAGUGGAGGAAAGGAGGCAUAGUCCUCCAGCCCAGUAAGAAGUGUGAGAUGAGGCAGGAAGGGUGCGUUCAAGAGCUCGUUUUACGGGAUCUGGAGCCUGAGGACAGUGGCUACUACACCUGUGAUGCAGGACACCAGCUCACCACAGCAUCUUUGGCAGUGCAAGUGAAAGAAGUCUUCAUAGUGUGUGUUCUUAAGACCAUUGACGUCUUUGUUGGGGAAUGGGCAACCUUCUCCUGCCAGCUGUCUGCUAGUGCACCUGACCAGGUGCAGUGGUGGCUGGAUGGCACCUUGCUGGAGAACAGCCCCUUUAGUGAGAUAGGGCUGAGCCAAGGCCACAUCCACACACUCACCUUAAAGAACCUGGCCACAGAUGACUCUGGCACUGUCACGUUCAAAGCUGGCAGUUUAACAUCAACAGCCAAGCUCUUAGUAAAAGAUCCCAAGGUUGAAGUGGUGAGCGAGAUGGAGGACCUUCGGGUGCUUGUAAACCAACCAGCUGAGUUCAUCUGCCAGUACUCAAGGCCGGUCAAGUCUCAGUGGAAGAAAGACGGGCAGCCAUUGCAGCCUGAUGGCCGAAGGGUGUUAGUGGAGCAGGACUGGAAUGUGGCACGCUUGUACAUUAGCCGUGUUUCCGCUGAGGACAGGGGCACAUACUCCUGUGAGGCAGAGGGGACCUGCACGGUCGCUACACUUUACGUGGAAGGCAAACCCAUUGACAUUGUCCAGGGCCUGGAGAAUGUAGAAACAUUUGAUGGAGGUGAAGCGCUGUUUGAGUGUGCCCUCUCUCGUCCUGAGAGCAAAGAUUGCCAGUGGCUUCUCGAUGGGAAACCAGUUAAGGAGUCCCGUAAUGCUGAACUUGUGACAUUUGAGAGUGGUCGUCGUCACCUGCUGCUGCUGAAAGAGUUGAGGGUGAAAGACAGUUGCACAGUGACCUUCAAAGCUGGCGCAGCAUCCACAUCUGGCCAACUCUCUGUCAAAGGCUGGCAGCUGGAUGUUGUGAAAGGUCUGGAGGACAAGGUGGCUGCAGUGGGAGAGAAGGUGGAGUUUUGUGUUGAGCUCACCGAGCCUGUCCCUACGGCAGAAGUAGCCUGGUAUGCCAAUGGUGUUGAGCUGAAGCCCAGUGAGCUCUGGGCUAUGAGGGCUGACGGAUGUUCUUAUCGCCUUGUCCUGAGACAAGCACCUCUUUUGCCACAGCAGGAAAUUACAUUUGCUGCUAGAGAUGCUCUCUCUUUGGCCAAGCUCACCAUUAUCACUGUACCUGAUCCUCCAGAGGACCCAGAGGUCCUCAGUAAGACUGAAAAGUCUGUCACCCUCUCUUGGUUCACUCCUUUACAUGAUGGAGGGAGUCCCAUUCUGGGCUACAGGGUGGAGAUGCGGCUGGUAGACAGUGCCCUAUGGCUUCCCGGUCAUUCUGAACCUGUGUGCAACACAGAGUUUGUGGUUGAAAAUCUUACCCCGGGUAGUGGCUACAGGUUUAGAGUGGCAGGCAUCAACAGAGCUGGGAUUGGAGAGCCCGUUGAGUUGCCUCAGACUGUGCAGCUUGAGGCAAAACAGGAAGCGACUGAGAUGAUGGGGCAACCAAGUCUGCCUCCAGAAGCUGCUGAAGAAGGUGAUGUCCAUGAGCUUUGGGAGGAAUCUGCCAAGAAACGGCGCAUGAGUAGAGAACCAACUCUGGACUCCAUCACUGAACAACCGGAAGAGGUUGUUGGUGGUCAAAAUAAAUCAGGACAGAAAGAUGUAAAGUCUUCAGGGAAAGUAGAAAUAACAGCAGUAGAGCAAGAGCAGACCACUGUGUCUAAGAAGCAGACAGAGUCCAAGUUGUACACCAGCUCUGAGGAUGAGUCUGUUCCCGGGGGUCCAACGCUUAUCUCCUACCUCAAGAAGAGCAGCAAGUCUACUGUCACAGCAACCAAUGAGGCAGAGAAUAUGACUACUGAGAGGUUCUUUGAACAUUUCAAGAUGGCAGAGAAGAGAACAGUGCAGCACACUAAAGUGGAAAUAACCACAAUUCAACAGACGGAUGGAAAACAGGUGUCUGCAGAGGAGACUAACAUCAUGGAGACCAGUAAAGAGGAUGAGCCUGAACUCAGAGAUGCUGCCAUUAAGAUUCAAGCUGCCUUCAAGGGCUACAAAGCCCGCAAGGACAUGCGACCUGUCUUUAAAGAUGCCUUCAAAGACCAAACUAAAGAACCUAAUGGCACCAUUCAUCUAGAAUGUGUGGCAGAAGGUAAACCUGAUAAGAUGCGCUGGCUGAAGGAUGGAGAACCACUGCAGGAUGGCAAGCACCACCAUAUUGAUAUCUACAAUGAUGGUACUUGCUCACUGGUCAUCACUGCCAUCACCACAAAGGAUACUGGGGUUUACACUUGUGAGGUCACCAACAAGUAUGGAGUCACUUCUCACAGUGGAAAGGUCACAGUAGGAACGGCGAGAGAAUCAUCUGGGCGACGGCCACUGACCGUGGGUUACAGUGCUGACAGCGAGCCAGAGAGCUCCUCAGGAAGUGAGAUGGAUGAUUCACUGAGGCACGCAAGCAGACGUCUCCGGCGGCUGUUUCGCACACGUCUCCCACCAGAUGUUGAGGAGGAACCAUUUAUCAGUGCAGAUGAAGGAAACCUGUGUCAGCCAGACCCCCAAUCAUACAGAGAGGAUGACAGUUACAUCUACAUUCGCUUUGACUCACGGACAGAGGCUGAGGUUGCCUCAAAGAGGUUCCAGGAGAUGUUUACAAUCCACGGGGUUCCUGUGGAGACCACCAUCCAGGAGGCAGGGCUUUUCAAAGUGGAGCUGCGAAUUAAAAAGAUGGGCUACACACAAGAUGGCACACAGACCCCCACACAAGAUAGACAGCCUCCUGCAUUUAUGGCUGGAGCCCAGGCCGCCCCAGUCUUCUUGACAGAGCUACAAAGUCAGGAUGUUCCAGAUGGUUAUCCAGUCAGCUUUGACUGUGUGGUGAUUGGCAAACCCCCUCCCACUGUUCGCUGGUAUAAGGACGGCAAAUUGCUGGAGGAGAAUGACCAUUACAUGAUCAAUGAAGACCAGGAGGGCUGCCACCAGCUCAUCAUUACCACUGUGCUGCCCACGGACAUGGGUGUCUAUCGUUGCACAGCUGAAAACAGCAGCGGCAUCGCAGCCACAAAGGCUGAACUCAGGGUUGAUAUGUCGUGCAGCUCAGAUUAUGACACUGCUGCUGAUGCCACUGAGACAUCUUCCUAUGUCAGUGCCAAGGGCUACAUGUCCAGGGAAACUGAGACAUUUGAGUCUGUCACUGAAGAUGAUCAGCUACCACAAGUUGUGGACGAGCUUCGUGAUGUUCACGUCAAGCCAGGUUCCCCUGUUGCUAAGAUGCAGCUCAAAGUGAAGGGCUUCCCAAAACCCAGAGUAUACUGGUUCAAAGAUAGCCACCCUCUGCGAUCUUCAAAGAGGAUUCGGUUGCUGGCAGAGAGAGAUGUUCAUGGCGUUGAGAUCGUGGAGGUGAAGAAAGAGGAUAUGGGGGAGUACUCUGCUUACAUCAGCAACGCAGCUGGUUCUGCUUACUCCUCUGCCCGCCUGAUAGUUCUGAAUCCAGGCGAGAUUAUGCCACAAGAUAAAAGAGAUCCUAAGGUGCCCCUGGUGCCACCCCGCUUCAUUGAAAGGUUCAGCAACAGGAAGGUGAAACAAGGAACCAGCAUCACUCUGUCUGUCAAAGUAGAAGGCUCUCCCACUCCUAUGGUCUCCUGGCUGAAGGAGGAAUCGAUGGAAGAUGUUCUGUGGAUCAAGCCUGAUACAAAGGGAUACAAAAUAGCAAGCUCGGGGCGCCAGCACAGCCUCAUCUUGAUGGACGUGGGCACAGAAUACUCUGGCGCCUACACCUGCAUUGCCACAAAUAGAGCAGGACAGUCCAUCUGCACUGCCCACCUCGAGGUUGAUGAGAUGCCACAACCAAAGAAGGAGAACAAAGCGUCAGAGGUUCUUGAAAUUACAGUUAGUGCUCCAGCGGAGGAUGCUGGCAAAGCAAAAGAGAGUAAAAUGCCUUACCUAGGGGAAGUAGGUACAGAGGAAUUCCUCAUGAAACUCACCUCCCAGAUCACUGAAAUGGUAUCAGCAAAGUUUACCCAGGACAGCGCACAGAAUCUUGAAGUGCUCCAGUGGAUGAAAUCUUGGCCCAAAACUACCACUUCAUUACGCGUACCAGGAGUUGACAGUGAUGAUGAGACCAAGACUCCCUCUCCAUCACCUCAUCACGGUCGCUCUCGUCCUCCCUCUCUCAUUGCUGACUCCUCCUCUGAAUCCGAUGAGGGGGAUGCCAGGGGAGAGAUGUUUGACAUCUAUGUGGCAACGGCUGACUACAACCCCACCUUAGCAAGCAAAGAAGCCAUCUCUCUAAAGGAGGGACAGUAUGUUGAGGUUUUGGACUCAGCUCAUCCACUCAAAUGGUUGGUCCGGACCAAACCCACCAAAACUACACCAUCCCGUCAAGGCUGGGUCUCACCUGCCUACCUGGACAAGAAACUCAAACUCUCAGCUGAUACGGGUGACCUUCCAGAGACAAAUGUAGAGGAGGUGUCUGAGGGUGAAUACAAGAGGAAGUUAUUCCAACUCAUCCAACAACUGAUAAAGGGUGAAUCCGAGUUUGUAAAAGAGAUAGACUUCUUUACUUCCCAUCACCUGAAGCAUGCCGACAGCCCUGAUGCUCCACCCGAUGUCAGCAGCCAGAAGGAAGCCAUAUUCAGGAACAUUGAUGAUAUCAAGUCCUUCCAUAGACAGGCAUUCCUUCCAAAGUUGAACGACUGUGACACAGAUGAUGAUGUAGCCAUGUGCUUCCUGAAGAACAAGGAGGGCUUUGAGAAGUACCUCCAGUAUCUCCUAGGUCAGAGUCAGGCUGAAUCUGCCGUCAGUGACAAGGCUGUCCACCGCUUCUUCAAGGAGUACACAAACAAAGUGCAAGCCAGUGCAGACCCUGCAGACCCCCCAGUACGCAGCAUCAACGCCAGCCUCCAACAACCACUGGAGAGGAUUCAGAAGUACAAGGCCACCCUCAAGGAGCUCAUCCGAAACAAGGCAAAGAAUGGCCAGAACUGCUGCCUACUGGAAGAAGCUUAUGCCAUGGUGUCUGCACUCCCUCAGCGCUCUGAGAAUACCCACCACGUUUCCAUGAUUGAGAACUAUCCUGCCACACUGGAAGUAUUAGGAGAGCCAAUGAGACAGGGACCCUUCCAAGUGUGGGAAGGGGCUCCAGGAAUAAGGUCGUCCUCUAGAGGUCACCACCGCCAUGUGUUCCUGUUUAAGAACUACUGUAUAAUCUGCAAACCCAAGAGAGACAGCAACACUGAUACACAAGCAUAUGUUUUUAAGAACAUGAUGAAGCUGAAUAACAUUGAUGUGAAUGAGACAGUGGAGGGUGACGACCGUGCCUUUGAGAUCUGGCAUGAACGUGAGGACUCUGUGAGGAAAUACACCUUGCAGGCCCGAACUGUUACCAUCAAGAACUCGUGGCUGAGAGACUUCAGAGAACUGCAGCAGCGAUACAGCAUGCCUGCGUGGAGUCCUCCUGACUUUGAUGAAAUUCUUGCAAACUGCACAGCAGAGCUGGGACAGACCAUUAAGCUUGCCUGCAAAGUCACUGGUGUACCCAAACCAGCAGUCACUUGGUACAAGGAUGGACGUACUGUGGAGGCAGAUCCUCAUCACAUCAUCAUUGAGGAUCCAGAUGGUUCGUGCACGCUGAUCUUGGAUAACAUGACAGCAGAUGAUUCUGGACAGUACAUGUGCUUUGCCACGAGCUCAGCCGGCAAUGCCAGCACUCUCGGAAAAAUCACCGUUCAGGUGCCUCCUCGUUUUGUGAAUAAAAUGAGGAAUGCUAUAUUUGUUGCUGGUGAGGACACUCAGUUCACCUGCAUCAUACAGAGCGCCCCCAACCCCAAGAUCAGGUGGUUCAAAGACGGCCGGCUGCUGACUGACCAGGAAAAGUAUCAGACGUACAGCGAGCUCCGCAAUGGAGUUCUGGUCUUGGUAAUAAAGAACCUGACAGAGAGAGACCUUGGACACUAUGAGUGCGAGUUGUCUAACCGUCUGGGCACUGCCAAGUGUGCUGCUGAUCUCGUUCAGCCCUCGGCUGUGUCUCGCACUGGAGAGCAGGCCAUCACUAUUGAAGUUACUGAACAGGAGACCAGGAUACCAAAGAAAACCAUCAUCAUUGAGGAGACUAUAACCACUGUGGUUAAGAACCCACGUAUGAGGAGGCACAAGUCCCCCGGCUUGACUGUUGCUGGAGCCCACCGCUUGGAGACCUCCACCCCAGAGCCCCCGACAGCCAGGCUGAGGAGGAUGCCUACUCCGAGAAAGACCACCAUCCCAACCCUCUAUGUUACCCAACCCGAGGGUGCUGAAGCAAGAGCCGUGGAGAGCAGGCCCAGGUGGGUCGAGGUGGAGGAGGUCAUCGAGUAUAAGGUCAAUAAAUCUCCCAGGCUGACCAGGAGGAGGGGCAUCUCGCCGGCAGCGUCUGAUCGUACAACCACUCCCUCCAGACCCAAAAGAUCUCCACUGGAAAGAAACCCAAACGCUAACAAUUCCAACAACAAGCUGGUGGAGCAGGCCCAGCUGCAUGGGGACAUCAGCAGCCAGCCGCUCGCCUGGGAAGAAGAAGAGGGAAGUGUUACCUCUGAUUCUGUCUCUGGGGUCACUGGAGAGCCACAUGAGCUCUCAUCUGUACUCGCUCUAGCUGGAGAGGAAAGUGAGGACCUGGAUGAUGAUCAAACUGUCAUCUUUGAACCUGAUGAUGAAGAUGAGGAUCAAAACUCGCUCGGAAAGCAAGAGCCUAAGAUUCUGACACAAGGCGGCCAUGUUUUGACCCUUGAAGACUUGGAGGAUUACGUCCCAGAAGAAGGAGAGACCUACGGUUCCUCCAGCACCCACAAGCCUGCUGCAGAAAAGCCCUGUGAGAUCUCUGUGCUCCAGAGGGAGAUCGGCGGCUCCACAGUGGGACAGCCGGUGCUCCUCAAUGUGGGGCGGCCUGUAGUGGUCCCGAGGCAGAGGAGCGGCUUCUUCGGCCGCUUCAGGGAGCAUCUCUCCAGCAGCCUUUUCUCAUCUGCAGCCCCUCAAGCCAGCGGAGGCCAGUCCAGGACGGAGAGGCACGUCCCCAUCCAAGUGACCCACGCAAAGCUCGAAGUGAAGCCUUCAUACUGCUCAGAGGUGCAGAGAGUCGAGGGCGGGCCGCAGAGCUUUAAAACCAAAGUGUCAACUCAGACCUACGGCUAUACAUCAGUGGGCAACCCAGUCACUCUUCAAAUUAGCGAUAACCUUCAUCAGAACGAGUAG